UAUUCAGAACACAAAGAGUGAAAAGUUUGUAACUAAGAAUAUAAUAAAAUCAUGACUUAAGAAUUACGAAUAAUCCGAUUGAAUUGAUUGAAUAGAAUACACGAAUAACGAUCGUGAAUUCCGAUCUUGCAUAACCCCUUGGCGAUCUUAUCCAGGAUUUUUACGCAAUCUUCGCAGGGUUGGAUAACAAUUGUUGUCAACUGACCCAAAGUAUGGGGAAUCGAGCAAAUUUUAAGAUACAAUCAAAGUGAGAAAUCCAAGAUGUUGCAUCGCUUUUGCCAGGUGAAACCACUGCUCUCUUGCGGUGCUGCAUCACAGAGACUUGUCUCAGCAAGAUGCUUCUCGUCGGCACGCAAAUGCAAGGUUCUUGUCGUCGGCGGCGGUUCUGGAGGUUGUUCCGUGUCGGCGAAGUUAUCAUCAAAACUGGGCCCGGGAAAAGUCGUGAUUCUCGAUCCGGCUGAGAGUCACUACUAUCAGCCGAUGUUCACUCUCAUCGGCGGCGGCAUGAAGAAGCUCGAGGAUUCCGUCACGCCCAUGAAGGAGACUCUGCCGUCUCUGGCCACUUGGGUGCAGGACAGCGUGAUGCAGUUCGAGCCGGAAGCCAACACUGUUAUCACGAAGAAGGGCGACAGGAUCGAGUACGAAGAGAUGGUGAUUGCGGUCGGCUUGGAAUUGCGAUACGACAAAGUGCCUGGUCUUGUGGAAGCUUUGGCAAUUCCUGGCGGAAAAGUCUGCUCAAAUUACUCCCCCAAGUAUGUCAACCGAACCCUGGAGGCGCUAAACAAUUUCCAGCAAGGCAAUGCCAUCUUUACUUUCCCAAAUUCACCCGUUAAGUGCCCAGGAGCGCCCCAGAAAGCCGCCUAUCUCGCUGAGCACUACUUGCGGAGGGCCAAGAAGCGGAAAGACGCCCGUAUUAUCUACAACACCGCGCUUCCGGUGAUCUUUGGUGUGAAACACUACGCCGACGCGCUGUGGAAGGUGGCGAAGAAGCGAGAAGUCACCGUGAAUCUCCGGAUGAACCUCAAGCAAGUGUUCCCGGAGAGAAAUCAGGCUGUUUUUGAGAAUCUCGACAAACCCGGCGAGGAAAGCACGAUGGACUACUCACUGCUUCACGUGACGCCGCCAAUGGCCACUCCAGAUGUCCUGCUGUCCUGUCCGGGACUCACAAACGCCGCCGGUUUUGUGGACGUGAACAAGCACACGCUUCAGCACGUGAAGUACCCAAACAUAUUCGCCAUAGGCGAUUGCUCCUCCACGCCGAACUCCAAGACGGCCGCCUCGGUUGCCGCCCAGGCGCCUGUCGUGUACAGAAAUCUUCUGGCAGUGAUGGAGGGAAAUCCGCCCAGUGCCUCAUACAAUGGCUACGCCUCCUGUCCCCUCGUGACCGGCUAUAACUCGUGCAUCCUCGCGGAAUUCGACUACGAUUUGCAACCCCUCGAGACAUUCCCGAUUCCGCAGGACAAAGAGCGCUACAGCAUGUUGCUGCUGAAGAAGCACUUCAUGCCCUUCCUCUACUGGCAAUUCAUGCUCAACGGCAUGUGGAAUGGGCCGGCGAUUGUGAAGACGCUGCUUGACGUGCUCCGAAAAGAGAAGACAAUUCAGUAGGUUCUGUGUAUUCUUGCAAAGAAAUACAGACGAAUGCGCAGAGUGUUAA